AUGAUCGUGGUUCCCCAAAAGGAAGAAGAAAUUGUGUCAGAGAGGUCCUCACCAAAGACACUGGAGGAAGACUGUGUCUCCGCGAAUCCGAGGAAGAACUACAACGAGAAGCAAGCGAGGAGGUUGAAGCAGGUGUUUCUGGAGAACAAAUACCCUGAUGUAGAGUUGUAUGAAGAUUUGUCCCAGGAGCUGAAUAUUCCAGUAAAGAGAUUAAAGGUGUGGUUUCAGAACAGGCGAUCACGCAACAAGAGAGCAUCCGACACCAAGAUGAUGAACUACCCUCUCCAGCAGCAAAACAUGGCGGCCAUGUUGUCGUCUGCUCCAGGAUACGGCUACACGCCUCCCAUGAUGCACCAGCCCAUGUAUCAGUACCCAGCACCCAACGUACCGAUGAUGUACCCUCCCAGUCUGUACCCAGGGUAUCCCUUCCCGUUCCACUAUCAGCAGUGA